AAUAAAAGGGUAAACAAAUCCACUUGGCGUCACAGUUACGACCUUUGCCUUUCUUUUCCUCGUGUCCCUUCAUUGUGCUUCCCCUUUUUCUCUCUGUUUCUCGCGGAAAAAAGAGAGAUUCCCAGAAAAUGCGUUGAUUUCUUCUUCUCCGUCCUCGGAUGAUGAAGAGAAAUUGGCCGGAAAUCGGAUGGAGAAUGUGCCGGGAUCGUUCGGCACGAGCGCCAGCUUCGCUCUUCGCUUCGGUCAAAUCGUUUUCUCUUCCGCUUCGCUUCUCUUCAUGUGCUUCGACUAUGGAUUCUACGACUACACUGCCUUCUGCUAUUUGGUGACUGUAAUGGGACUGGUGACUCCAUGGAGUAUGACACUGGCACUCUUUGACGCCUACUCUGUACUUGUGAAACGCCUUCCUCCACAAGCAAGAGUGCUGUCCAUUGUUGUUUCUGGAGAUUUUGUUCUGUCCUUUCUCUCCCUAGGCGGUGCCUGUGCCGUGGCCAGCGUCACAGAACUAUUGCUUGAAGCUGGCGGGCCGUUCUGCCGCAAGAAGCUCUGCAGCAGAUACCAACUCUCGGCCGCAAUGGCCUUCUUGUCGUGGUUUUUGUCAUUCGUUUCGACCAUUUUCAAUCUCUGGAUUCUACCUUCAGCAUAUUCUUGACUGGAAAAGAGAGAGAGUAUAUAGUAUAUACGUGCAGGAUGAAUCAAAGGCGGCGGGGGCAGGCGGGGGCGGAAUAAGAGAUUGUGUUGAAAGCUGCUAGGGAUACGUGGGAAGUGUGGAAGGUUGAGACUCGGGAAAGGAUCCACAGAAGUCAGUAGAUCACACUUUUGUUUCUUUGUAUUAUAAAAUAAAUUG